AUGGGUCUGCCGCCGCACAUCGAGAACGCCGACGACAUCCUCUUGGGCCUACCGUCGCUCGGUCGGCUGCUCGUGACCGACGACGACGCGUCGACCGAGACGCGGCAGAACCGGUACCGCAAGCGGCAAAAGGACGAGCGCGACUACCUUCGCGAGCAAGUCGAGACGCUCACGUCGCAACUCAACGUCCUCCGCCAGGUCAAGUCGGUCGAGCUCGCGACGAGUUCGACAUGGAAAAAGGCUGCCCAGAACCAGCGCGCGUACGCGUGCGAAGCCGCGAUGGAAAACAAGCGACUCAAGCGUGCGCUCGAGGACCAACUCAAGCUCGCGACGGCGCUGGACCAGCUCCUCGUCAAGCGGCCCCGACUCCUC